GCUACAACCAUGACGGUAACCUAUACGGCGGAAGUGGCCACCUGUCGUGGUUUCGGGUGCUUCCUGAAGCUGCUCGUAAGAUGGCGCGGUAGUAUCUACAAACUAGUAUGGCUGGACUUAACGUGCUUCCUGCUUCUAUACUACGUGCUCAACGUUACCUACCGCCUCGGUUUAUCGGAGGACCAAAAACGGAUAUUCGAGGAAAUUGUCAAGUACUGCGCUACGUACAGCAACUUAAUUCCACUUUCCUUCGUGCUCGGUUUCUACGUCACCAUCGUAAUGACGCGCUGGUGGAACCAGUACACCAGCAUUCCCUGGCCAGACCCGAUUGCCGUUUUCGUCAGUGCCAACAUUCACGGUCAGGAUGAACGAGGCCGUGUGAUGCGACGUACAAUCAUGCGUUACGUCUGUCUGUGUCUAACGAUGGUGCUGACCAAUAUUUCACCUCGGGUGAAGAAACGUUUUCCAACCAUCGAGCAUCUCGUGGAGGCUGGUUUGUUGAACGAGAACGAACAUACCAUCAUGACCCAUCUGAACCAGAAAUUUCCACGUCACUCGAAGCACUGGUUGCCGAUCGUAUGGGCAGCAAGUAUUGUGACACGUGCUCGGAAGGAGGGUCGCUGCAGAGAUGAUUUCGCGUCCAAAACUAUCAUCGACGAGUUGAACAAGUUCCGCGGACAGUGUGGAUUGUUGAUCUCGUACGACACAAUCAGUGUGCCGCUCGUGUACACGCAGGUCGUAACGCUGGCUGUUUACAGCUACUUCCUUACCUCAGUCAUGGGCCAGCAGUGGGUGGAAACCAAGGAACUCGGCGAAGGUGUCGUGAACAAGAUCGACCAAUACUUCCCGAUCUUCACGACGCUUCAGUUCUUCUUCUACAUGGGCUGGCUGAAGGUGGCCGAAUCAUUGAUCAAUCCUUUCGGCGAGGACGAUGAUGACUUCGAGGUUAACUGGAUGGUCGAUCGGAAUCUGCAGGUGUCUUACCUGAUCGUCGACGAGAUGCAUCACGAACAUCCGGAACUGCUCAAGGAUCAGUACUGGGACGAGAUCUUCCCGACCGAAUUGCCGCACACCGUAGCCUCGGCAGAAAUUCGCGAGGAACCUCCACAACCCUCGACAGCCGACAUCGUUGUGAAGAAGAGGGAAGCGGAGGUCAUCCCGGUAGUGCCCACGGCAGUCCGCAUCGAUGAAAUGGUCGGUAAACAGAACCAAGCGGUUGAGUAUAACUUCCCCGCGAAUCCCAACGACGACGAGAUGGAUGACAACGUAAGUGGUAUACACUUUAACACGUACGAGAAACCCAUCUACCGUGGUGGCAGUUCGGCCACCAGUUUGGCUAGCGUUGCGGGUACAAUGUCCCGCGUCAACACGGUAACGUCCGCGCUGAAGCGAUUCUUCAGCAAGGACGAAUCAAGCCGUCCGAACAGCGCUACACCGGAUGCAGCCGGCACAGUGCCGUUCAAAUUUCCCGGCUCAGCCAGUUCGACAAACCUGGCCGGAGGACGCAUACCGGACCGAGCCAUGGGAAGCAUGCGCAUCACGGACCAGGUGAUCGAAGAAGUGGACGAACAGCUUACGAUCACGUCCAUGCAGGGCAACAAUGAUUCCCGUCCAACGGCGGCCAGUUUGUUCGAGCACGGUCCACCCAAACCAAGUGAACCGGUCGAUGUUCCGCAACAAUCGUACAACCGUACCCAAUCUUCCGUAGCUCACGGGUUCCACUCGCAGCUAACACCACCAGCAGACACGAUGCUUUCGGCUUCAGCACCGGAAACGGGCCGUUUCGAGCACAACUACGUACCGCUGAGUCCAACCGAUCCGGACGCUGUUCCGAUGGUUGCGUCCUCGACGGCACUGCGCAGUAUGGUGGAUGAAACGGAUCGCGUGACCACAACGUUCGACAGCGAGGAAACGGAAAAGGAACAGUUGGAGCGAAAGACCCGUCUGCUGGCACGAUCGAUCAGCAAACAGGCUGUCCUGGGGCUGAUCGAUACGGAGAUGCUGCUGGACGAGCUGACGAAGAGUACGAGCGAUCUGGAGGGUUCGGAAACUAAAAAACCACCACAAAACACACCCGACGGACCGACGUCCGAUACGAACAGUAACGUCGAUACGACAUUAUGAUUUUACGUGUCGGAUGCGGACGAGAGCAUUAUUGUGGUUAACGUGAAGGAUGGUAGUAGUGCCGAUAGGUAGCAGCUCUAGCACCGAAUAGUGCAUUUGCCGGUGCGUGAAUGGAGCUGG